CAAAUUUGCAGUAGAAUCAAGCCCACAUAAAUGAGCCCAAGCAGGUGAGGUGGUGUCAUCCUCUUCCCUCAGCUAGGGUUUCAAAUCAAGUUCUUCCCUCUCUUCGCCAUCAUCUCCAAGCGAUCCAGUUCGCCGGCGAUGGCGGUCUGACGAGCGAUUUCCGGUUGACCCUUAAGCUCAAUUCGACGGCGGAGCUCCUUCAUUUCGUGCUUAAGGAAGAGGAAGACUUCCUUUUACUUCAACCCUGCAUUGGUUCGUGCUUCAAGCUGUCAUCUUUUCGCUUCAGUGGCUCUGAGAAUGCAUCGGUUGUAGCUCGUUUGCUGCCAAGAAAAGGUGGAGAUAACGUUCUAGUUAUCGCUAGCGAUGAGCCUAAUCUCGAGGGUCGGACACCGUUUGUCAAAUGGGUUCCGUGCGUAUGCCGCUUCUCAUCCUGGGUUCAUGGCGAAUUCGCAUUCGAAUUGGUUGUCCCGAAGUCUCUCUCAACCAGCGAGGAAGGAGGAUGAUGACGAAGAGGAAGUGGAGAUUGACCAGAGGAGGCUUCCGGCCGACUACGAUCCCGCCACAUUCGAUCCUACGCAGCAUCGAAGCCCUCCGACGGAUAGGGUCUUUCGGCUCGUGGAUGAAGUAUCUGAGCUCACAUUGGUCGAGGUGGCGGAGCUUUCGUCGAUCUUGAUGAGCAAAUUGGGGAUGAAGGAGCAGCCGGGCAUUGCCGUCAUGAAAGGAGGGGCCGCCGCAGGGCUGGCUGGGAUGGCUGCGAAGACGACCGCCGCGGCCAAGGAGGAGAAGAAGCCGGAGAAGACCGUCUUCGAGCUGAAACUGGAAUCCUACGAAGCGUCCGCGAAGAUCAAGAUCAUCAAGGAGGUGAGGAGCUUUACGGACUUGGGUCUGAAGGAAGCCAAGGAUUUAGUGGAGAAGGCGCCGGCGGUGUUGAAAGCAGGAGUGUCGAAAGAAGACGGCGAACGAAUAAUCGAGAAACUGACAGCUCUUGGAGCCAAGGUUGUAAUGGAAUGAAGGAGUCAAAAGGAAUCAGCAGACCUGAAUCGGUCUGGCCGGUUCGACCAGUUGAUCCGGGAAUCGGAGCAAGGCCUGGUCCGGCUUUUGUGAAAGAACCGGAAGGAGUAAUCAAGAAUCGGUCGAACCAGUUUUGACCAGUUCCAAGGCUCAUACUCUACACUGAGCCUAAGCCAUUAUUGAGUGGCUUGUAGUGCAUUGUGAAUAAGCGAAGUUGUGUUUCUCUCUUGUUGAACUACUUACCAGAAGAUGAUAAGAGAUGACUCUUCUAAUUAAACUCGGUCUACCACUUCAAAGUCCCUGUUUAUCAUGAAGCGAAAUGCCUUCCGAUUUCUCCCUCUUCAGAUUUCAAGACAGCUGAAUAUGCAAAUUGAGAGUGUUUCCAUUAAUCCUUUCUUCCCCGGCGGACCGUUCUUAAGUCUAAUUGAACUAAUCUACAUGAUGUCCGUCAAUGUUUUUGCUGUACCUUAUGCCUAACUACGAAAUCAACGUCCUCUUAAUGAUGUAA